CACUCUUUUGCAGAAUCUCCAACAGGCCAAACUACCCUCAAUCUUCCAGAGGACCAAACUACCUUGUCAUCAAUUCCUCUAGUUAGUGAAAGGAACAUUAACGAUUUUAAUAUUCAUUCAGUACCUUGUGGAAUAUUGUGUGGCACAAAAGUGUUUGAUGGGAGUAGAUGGAUGAGCACCCAAGAAAUAAAAAGAGUUCACAGUGGAAACCAAAGUUCUUCUUAGUCUUCGAGUCCUCAAACCAAAUCUCCCUUCAAUUCCUCAACAACUGAGUUGCGAAAGUAUGUCCCAGAAUUCAUGGAUUCAGAGAUGAGCGAAGAGAGCGAAGGUUGCGGCCACAAUCCACCUCAGUCUGAAGAGAUAUCGCUCGGACGAGCAUCGGAGCUCAUCACUGCGUUGAUUUCCUCCACAUACUGCGUCAGAUCCUUCCCUCUGAAAUGGCAACUGAUCCGCGGCAAGCUCGACCAGCUCCACUCUGGCUUGUUGGCAGCAGCUGACCGCGGCGAUUCCACCAACAAUUCGGAGCUUAUGGAGCUACUGGAAGCCGUGACUUCGACUUUGAAGGAGGCGCGGGUUCUCGCAAACAAGUCCAGUGAUGAGUCUUACGGCGGCGGGAAGCUGCUCCUGAAGAGCGAUCUUGAGAUAUUGAGCUCCAAGGUCGAGGUUCAAUUCACAAUCCUGUCUGACAUGUAUGUUUCUGGGGCUGUGGCGCACUCCCUAGCUAUCAUCCUGUCGAAACCAGAAGUGGGCGCAAGCAGGGAGGACAUGAAGAUCUAUUUGAGAGAUCUUAUUUCGAGGCUGAAGAUUAGUGAUUCACAGAUGAGAAUUCGGGCAUUGUGCGCCCUUAACGAUGUCCUUCAUGAGGACGAGAAGUAUGCGAGGAUCAUGGCGGUAGAGAUGUCCGAUGGUGUCAGUCUCCUCGUGAAACUCCUUGAACAAGGUGAGACAGGCGUUCAAGAGGAGGCAGCCGAGGGAAUCUCUGUAAUCGCAGGGUUCGAAUCCUACAGAGGAGCUCUCGUCGUGGCCGGAGUCAUUGCGCAGCUGAUUCGAGUUUUGGAGACUACGGGUAGCCAACUCGCAAGAGCGAGAGCAGCUCGAGCUCUGAAGAAGCUGACGGAGAACUCCGAGAACGCAUGGUCAGUUUCCGCUCAAGGUGGAGUCUCGACGCUGCUAAAGAUAUGCAGCGAUGCCCACAGCAGCGGAGAGCUGAUUCGGUCAGCCUGCGACAUACUGAAGAGCCUUAGCAGUGUUGACGAGAUCAAGAGGUUCAUGGUGGAAGAAGGGGCGGUCUCCGUCUUCGUGAAGCUCUCAGGAUCGAAGGAAGAAUCGUCCAAGAUCAAAGCAAUCGAGUUCCUAACGAUUCUGGCUUCUGAUGAUGACAUGAAGCACGAGGUGGUGAACCAAGAAGUGGUUGGGUCGCUCGUUCAGGUCCUCGAUCCAAGUUCUGCUCACACAUCCAAGGCGAGACAGGUUGCCCUCAGGGCUAUCGAGAGCCUGUGUUUCUCAUCUCCGAGUUCCAUGAAUCAGCUGCUGAGCUCUGGCUUCCUCGACCGUGUUCUCCUCCUCCUGAGAAACGGUGAGAUAUGCAUACAGGAAUCAGCACUCAACGCAGUGUCUCGCCUCUGCGGGCUGUCCGAGAGGAGCAAGAAAGUGAUGGGCGACGCCGGAUUCAUGCCGGAACUCGUGAAAUUACUGGAGGCUAAAUCGUUUCAGGUGCGGGAGGUGGCAGCCGAGGCGCUCUGCGGCAUGAUGUCCAUCCAAAGAAACCGGAGAAGAUUCAUCCAAGAGGACCAAAACGUGAAUCGAAUUCUGCAGCUCCUCAAUCCCGAAGAGGAGAAACCAGUGGCAAAAAAGUUUCUGCUCUCCGCAGUGUUGUCCCUGACAGACAACGAUGGUGUUCGACGAAAGAUCAUUGCUUCUGGGUGCAUGAAAUAUCUGCAAAAACUCGCGGAGACUGAUGUAACAGAUGCAAAAAAGAUUGUUAAGAAGCUAUCCGGUAACAGAUUUCGGAGUAUAUUGACAAGAAUCUGGAGCUCAUAAAAUCAAUCAUUUGUUCAUCCUGACCAAAGUCUAAACAUCAGCUUUAUUUUCCUUUUUCUUUUCUUUUCUUCCUGCAAUCGCUUUCUCUUCCUUACAUUAUGAUGACUCGGAGCAGCUUUCUUUGGUGAUGCAAGUGAUCUGUAAUUGGUUUGAUGAGAAGAGUAGUGCUUAUGAUUAGCCUUUGUCGACAAGGAAAAUUAUUGUGCAGUA